AUGCCGCAAUGUGAUUUGCAGUGCCCCAAUCCGUUUCCAGGCAGCGACUUCCCGAGGGCUGGCCCAUGGCGCCGUGCCACCCUUGAAGCCCUCCCCUGGCCGGUCCCAGGCGUUCAAAGCAGACGGCAGGUGCUAGCCGCGUUUCUUUUCCGAGAGCCGCAGGCAAAGUGCAAGAAGAUCAUCAAUGAUGCGUAUUUCUGUGCCAGGUCGCCAGACCUCUCCUCGAAGCCGAAGACGGAGCUGCCGCGCCCACUCGCCCGCGCCUUCGCCGAGCAGGUCGGACUUGUGGGCGAGUUCUCAAAGCAGAGCACCUUCUACUUGAAGGAGGCGUCGCAGCUGAUCGAUCGGACGCGACAUCGCCUGGCUGGGCUCCAGCACACCCUCGAGAAGGCAGACAAGGCUGGCCUGGUUGGCAGGAGACUUCCGCUUCUGCAGAAGAUGGCGGCCAACGCCGCCUCAGAGGCCGCGGAGGCGAACUCUGCGGCCGCCGGCGCGAAGAGGCUGUGUGACAAGGCCAUCAAGAACGCCUCAUCGGGGCCUCUCAAGGAGGCCGAAGAGCAGGGCAAGGACCUGGUCACCGAGCCACUCAUGGCCUCCCUGGAGGCCGUCCGUGGUCCCCGUGCGAUCGUGACGCCCUGGUCGCGCCAUGCAGCGCACCCGCCCGGCCUCUAUUGCCAGAAGGUGUGUGAGAACCGCCCAGAGCCCGACGAGCACUUCUUGUCCUGA